CUGGUGACGUCAGCGGGGCAGUUCUCCGGUGCUGGCUGGGCGCUGAGGCUGUGCAGUGCUCCGGGGUCAGAGUGUCAGUGUCCCCGGCCUGGUGUCCGUGCGGCGGAGCGGUAAACGGUGGGAGCAGUGAAAGCACCAUGGAGGACGGAAAGCCAGUCUGGGCACCUCACCCAGCUGAUGGCUUUCAGUUGGGUAACAUUGUGGAUAUUGGACCAGAUUCUUUAACAAUUGAACCACUACAUCAAAAGGGAAAGACAUUUCUGGCAGCUAUAAACCAGGUUUUUCCUGCUGAAGAGGACAUCUCAAAACAUGUGGAAGACAACUGUUCUUUGAUGUAUCUCAAUGAAGCUACCCUUCUUCACAACAUUAAAGUUCGAUAUAAUAAAGAUAAAAUAUAUACCUAUGUGGCCAAUAUUCUGAUUGCAGUAAAUCCGUAUUUUGAUGUUCCGAAACUUUAUACCUCUGAAUACAUUAAAGUGUACCAGGGUAAAUCACUGGGAACUUUGCCACCACAUGUAUAUGCGAUAGCUGAUAAGGCCUUCAGAGACAUGAAGGUUUUGAAGAUGAGCCAGUCAAUCAUCGUGUCUGGAGAGUCGGGAGCCGGCAAGACAGAAAAUACUAAGUUUGUUCUGAGGUAUCUGACUGAAUCCUAUGGUACUGGACAAGAUAUUGACGAGAGGAUUGUAGAAGCUAAUCCUUUAUUAGAAGCCUUCGGAAAUGCAAAAACUGUCCGCAAUAACAACAGUAGUCGCUUUGGAAAAUUUGUGGAAAUUCACUUUAAUGAAAAGUAUUCAGUGGUGGGGGGAUUUGUGUCUCACUACCUUCUGGAGAAGUCGCGUAUCUGUGUACAAGGACAAGAUGAGAGGAAUUACCAUAUUUUCUACAGGUUGUGUGCUGGGGCAUCGGAGGAGAUUCGUCAGAAACUUUUUUUGAGUUCUCCUGAUAACUUCAGAUAUCUGAAUCGUGGCUGUACCAGGUACUUUGCUUCCAAGGACACUGAUAAACAGAUUCUCCAAAAUCGCAAGAGUUCAGAGUACCUUAAACAUGGCUCUCUAAAGGACCCGCUGUUAGAUGAUCAUGGAGAUUUCAAUCGCAUGUGCAUCGCCAUGAAGAAGAUUGGCUUGGAUGACACGGAGAAGCUUGAUCUUUUUCGAGUGGUUGCUGGCGUCCUCCACCUUGGAAAUAUUGAUUUUGAAGAAGCUGGGAGCACCUCUGGUGGCUGCACACUGAAGAACAAAUCCAGCAAAUCAUUAGAAUACUGCUCUGCACUCCUUGGACUGGAUGAAGAUGAUCUGCGCGUCAGCCUAACCACACGUGUCAUGCUUACAACAGCAGGGGGCGCCAAAGGCACAGUUAUCAAGGUGCCACUAAAAGUGGAGCAGGCAAACAGUGCCCGAGAUGCACUGGCAAAGGCAGUGUACAGCCGGCUCUUCGACCAUGUGGUUAACAGAGUGAACCAGUGCUUCCCGUUUGAGAGGUCCUCCUACUUUAUUGGCGUUUUGGACAUUGCUGGCUUUGAAUACUUUGAACACAACAGUUUUGAACAGUUUUGCAUUAACUACUGUAAUGAGAAGCUGCAGCAGUUCUUUAAUGAAAGAAUCCUAAAAGAGGAGCAGGAAUUGUAUCAGAAGGAAGGCCUUGGUGUGAACGAAGUGCAUUAUGUGGAUAACCAAGAUUGUAUAGAUCUAAUUGAGUCAAAAUUAGUGGGCGUCCUGGAUAUACUGGAUGAAGAGAACAGACUUCCUCAGUCAAGCGACCAACACUUUACCUCUGUGGUUCACCAGAAACAUAAGGACCACUUCCGCCUUACGAUCCCCAGAAAAUCUAAACUAACUGUCCAUCGAAAUAUCCGAGAUGAUGAGGGCUUCAUCAUCCGUCAUUUUGCAGGAGCUGUGUGCUAUGAAACAAGACAAUUUGUGGAGAAGAAUAAUGAUGCACUGCACAUGUCACUGGAGUCCCUCAUUUGCGAGUCCAAAGAUAAAUUUGUACGGGAACUGUUUGAAUCUGCCAAUAAUCACAAGGAUUCAAAGCAGAAGACGGGAAAACUCGGUUUCAUUAGUGUGGGGAACAAAUUCAAGACCCAGCUGAAUCUGUUACUUGAAAAACUUCGAAGCACGGGAUCCAGCUUCAUCCGUUGUAUCAAGCCCAAUUUGAAAAUGACAAGUCAUCAGUUUGAAGGAGCGCAAAUUCUGUCUCAGCUUCAGUGUUCAGGAAUGGUAUCUGUCCUGGACCUUAUGCAGGGGGGCUUCCCAUCCCGGGCCUCGUUCCAUGAACUCUAUAACAUGUACAAGAAGUAUAUGCCAGAGAAGAUGUCUCGUCUAGACCCCAGACUUUUCUGCAAGGCUCUGUUUAAAGCCUUGGGCUUAAAUGAAAAUGAUUACAAAUUUGGAUUAACUAAGGUGUUUUUCAGGCCUGGCAAGUUUGCCGAAUUUGAUCAGAUCAUGAAGUCUGAUCCAGAUCAUUUAGCCGAACUGAUAAAGCGUGUCAAUCACUGGCUUAUCUGCAGCCGCUGGAAGAAGGUCCAGUGGUGUGCACUUUCCGUCAUAAAAUUGAAAAAUAAAAUUAAAUAUCGGGCCUCUGCCUGCAUUAAAAUGCAAAAGACCAUUCGGAUGUGGCUCUGCAGAAAGAAGCACAAACCACGAAUUGAUGGCAUGAAAAAGGUGCGAACUCUGAAAUCUAGGCUUAUCAAAUUCAAUGAAGUUGUCAGUGCUCUGAAGGAAGGGAAGGCAGAGAUGAACAAGCAGGUGAAGGACCUGGAGUCGUCCAUCGAUGCUCUUAUGUCUAAGAUAAAGAACACCAUAAUGACCCGUGACCAGAUUGAAAGAGAAUAUGAUGCUCUUGUGAAGAGCUCAGGCCAACUCCUCGAUGCCUUACAGAAGAGGAAGAAAGAAGAGGAAGAAGCUGAACGCUUGCGUCGUAUACAGGAGGAGAUGGAACGGGAGAGGAAAAGGCGUGAGGCUGAAGAGGAGCUGCGGAGAAAAGAGGAAAAUGAGAGGAGACUAAAAUCUGAGAUUGAAGCAAAAAGGAAACAAGAUGAAGAAAACCGGAAAAAGAGGGAAGCGGAAGAAAGGAGAAUGCAGGCAGAGGUGGAGUUGCAGCUAGCCAGAGAUCGUGAGGAGGAAUCCCAGCAGCAAGCUAUUCUUGAACAAGAGCGUAGAGAUCGUGAGCUUGCCAUGAGGAUAGCUCAGAGUGAGUCUGAGCUCAUCAAUGAAGAUUUUGGUCCAGACUCUGCACUGCGCAGCAUAAAACCAGAGGUCACUGCGCCCUGUGCGACCGAUGCCAAGGCUGGUGCUGGAAAGGCCAAAAUGACAAUGGAUGAAAUGGCCAAAGAAAUGUCUGACAUUCUUUCUAGGGGGGUGCAAGUCCAGGCUACAAAAUCGGCUGCCAGUGUCAAGAAGUAUGACUUAAGCAAGUGGAAAUACGCAGAGCUCAGAGAUGCAAUCAAUACUUCGUGUGAUAUCGAGUUGCUGGCAGCAUGCAGAGAAGAAUUUCAUAGGCGGCUCAAAGUUUAUCAUGCCUGGAAGUCAAAGAACAAGAAGCGCAAUACAGAAACUGACCAGCGUGCCCCCAAGUCAGUUACAGAUUAUGAUUUUGCUCCAUUUAUGACCAACACAACCCAGCAGAACCCAGUGGUGCAGCUGCCUGCCAGACAACAGGAAAUUGAGGUGAACCGGCAGCAACGAUACUUCCGCAUUCCAUUUAUUCGCCCGGCUGACCAGUACAAGGAGCCUCAGAACAAGAAGAAAGGAUGGUGGUAUGCGCAUUUUGAUGGACCAUGGAUUGCCCGUCAAAUGGAACUCCAUCCAGAUAAGCCACCAAUCAUGCUGGUAGCUGGCAAAGAUGACAUGGAGAUGUGCGAAUUAAGUUUAGAAGAAACCGGUUUAACAAGAAAACGUGGAGCAGAAAUUUUGCCCAGACAGUUUGAAGAGAUUUGGGAGCGCUGUGGUGGAAUUCAAUACUUGAGUAAUGCGAUUGAAAGUAGACAAGCCCGGCCAACGUAUGCUACGGCAAUGCUGCAAAACCUUCUUAAGUAGCUGUCUAGUGAAUUUACUGUUGCACUAAGAGAUUAGUACAUAUGGGCUAAAGCAAAGGGAAACCAACCUCUGACAGAGGAACUAGGCAUUCCAUAAUCGUGUAAUAGAAAAGUCUUAAUAUAAAGUGAACACGUUUUAUUAAUUGCGGGUUUUAUUAAUUCAUACUUUUUGAGGUUUUGAUCUAGUAUCUUUAUAGUUAUGUGGUCUGUGGCCCUAGUAGUUUUAUGUUUCCGUUUUAUUUAUCAUGCAUCUUGAUUUGUGAGGCCUUACCUUGGAUAGUUGUUUAUUGUCUCAUCUUGAACAUGGAAGAGAAACCACAAUACACUGAGCAAGCCAAUUCUAUGGCAUUACGUUGCUAAAUGCUGGAGAACCCUUCAAAGUAUAAUGGAGAUUUAAUUAAAAGGGUCACUGUGUAAUUGUACAAUAUCUUGGUUUUAGAAAUACUAUUCCAUGGACUGUAACUGUUUUGAACUUUUUUUUUUUAAACAAUUUUUCUCUUAUAUGAAAAUGUAUGGCCUUUAAGUCUGUUGCCUAUGCUACCAUUUAUUCUCCUUUAAAGUAGAGGAACAUUUGACAUUCCAGCAUAAUUUUAAUAAGACAUUUGGAUUUGACUUACUGUUUGACUUGAAUGCAAUGAAUGGAGAUCAUAUAGGAUUGAUGCGAUAUGCAUCAAUGCAUGUGUGUAUGUUUUACUGCACUGAGAUUCAAAGGUAGUUUGGCCGCUAAAUAAUUUAAGAUUAAAUAUUAAAAUUAUUAUUAAUGAUUAUAAUGCACAUUUACUUGUCCUGAAUUCAACCUUCUCCGUAUAGGUUUAAAAUAUAGUCUGACAUCUUUGUCUAUUAUAUUGUACAUUCUUUACCAGCCUAUAGACAUUCUAUUUUCUCAAUUGCUUGGCUGAGGUCUAGAUAUUGCCGUAUAGCGGCCAUGAUAUGACUGUCUAUUUAUAAGGGUUUGAUACCAUUGUUUUAGUGCCCUAUCCGAUAAAAGGAAUGAAAAUUGUUGGGGUCAUUUAUCAAACUGGUGUAAAGUAAAACUUUCCUACUUGCCCAUGUCAAUCAAUCAGAUUCCACCUUUCAUUUUUCACAGAUCCUUUGGAUAAUGAAAGAUGGAAUCUGAUUAGUUGCUAUGGGCAACUAAGCCAGUUCUACUUUACACCAGUUUGAUAAAUGACCCCAUAUAUUCUUGUGACUUGAAAUGUAUCACUGAAGUUCAUUUUUGUGUUCCAUGUGCUGUGACAAAGAUACUUUGGAUUGAAACCCUCUGUUUUUCCCUGUCCUCUCCGAAAGAAUGUUAACACAACCUGGUCAACUAAUAAAUUAUAUAGUUAUUUCAUACGGUU